UUGCUGUUGCGAUCGCGACAAAAGCGAGCUGUCAGCAGCGUGUUACUGUUGUUACAGUACUUAUUUCAGUUGUUUUUUGUUUUACUUCCCGAGUAAAACGAGAAGCCAAAUACCCUGAUAGAGAUACCUUGUGAUCAUUUGAUUUCGGUUCCAGAAGCAGGUGAGCAAUGGCCGAGAAGGAAUUUCUCAACAUGGACAGUCCGCUGGAGCACUCAGCGCCUAAUCUGAAGUCGUUCACAUUCCUGGUGGGAACUUUCGAAUUUCUGGGCCUGAUGGCCAUCAUCCUCUCUGCCAUAUGGUUGGGCCACUAUCAGGGUGGCUUCGCUUGGUCGGAAGCAGAUCCGCGCCGAGAGUUCAACUUUCAUCCACUGAUGAUGAUUUUGGCGUUUUGCUUCAUCCAUGGAAAUGCUAAUUUAGCGUAUCGAUUGCUGCGCGGUGAGAGGAAGAUCCGGAUCAAGAUCAUCCACGCCGCCAUGCAGCUGCUGGCCUUCAUCUUCAUGGUGAUCGCCCUACAGGCUGUCUUCGAUUCCCACAAUAACCACCGGAACAGCCAUGGCCAACCCGACCCCCAUCCCAACAUGUUCUCCAUGCACAGCUGGAUCGGCAUCUCCACUAUUGUUCUAUACUGUUGUCAGUGGCUUACAGGAUUCCUCUUCUUCCUUUUCCCUAAGGUAAGCUUGUCGCUGCGGCGCAGCUAUCUUCCCAUCCAUGUCUUUUUCGGCGUCUUGAUCCACAUCCUCUUCGUGUCAACGGCAUUAAUGGGAUUGACGGAAGCUGCCAUCUGGAAUGUGAAGCCGGACUACCACGACAAAAACGGUGAAGCGGCACUUGUGAAUAUUCUUGCCAUUAUUCUAGUGCUGUUCGGUCUGAAUGGAGUGUACAUUUUAAUUAAUCCGAACUUCAAGCGCCAGCCGCGACCGGACGACGAUGGAGCGUAUAUUCCGCGGGAUUAACAGUGACUGUCUGUCAUUUCCACCCGGACACUUCGGCUUGGUUUCUCAAAUAUGGAUCUCGUACUUUUAUAGGCGUACUUCUCCCGGUAAAACGUAUUUAUAGAAUUUGCAUCGUCCGAAUAAUUUUAUUUGCAUCCGUACGGAGUCACUUGUUUGGUUAUUUUUAUGAUGUGGUUUUGAUCAAAUAUGGAAUAUCGGCAUAUACUUUAGAAAUAUCUAAAGGUACAGCGAAUGUGCUUUUGUAAUAUACUUUUUUGGCAUUUUUUGCGUAUUUGGGUCUGCGGAUAGUAGGUAGCUCUUUGUGACCAGAUGUUUGUUUUGUAGAUUUAUGCAUUUCGUAAUAUUGAAAGAUGUGUUUGUGCUGCAUUCGGUCCGAUAUAAAAUUUGACGGUGUAUAAA